AUGGCUCGUACUAAGCAAACUGCUCGUAAAUCUACCGGUGGUAAGGCUCCAAGGAAGCAGCUCGCCACCAAGGCUGCAAGAAAAUCUGCUCCUACUACAGGUGGAGUCAAGAAGCCUCACCGUUAUCGCCCCGGAACUGUUGCUCUUCGUGAAAUCCGAAAGUAUCAAAAAAGCACAGAGCUUUUGAUCCGCAAGUUGCCCUUUCAGCGCCUUGUUCGUGAAAUCGCUCAAGACUUUAAGACUGAUUUGAGGUUCCAGAGCCACGCAGUCCUUGCUCUUCAGGAGGCUGCUGAGGCUUAUUUGGUGGGUCUGUUUGAGGACACCAACUUGUGUGCUAUCCAUGCUAAGAGAGUCACGAUCAUGCCAAAGGAUAUUCAGCUUGCUAGGCGCAUACGUGGUGAACGUGCUUAA